CAAUCAUACAACCAAAGUACAUGACGCGGGGAUUUUUAGGCACGAAGAGGUUGCGCCAAUUGAGCACAUACAUAGCCAGAUCGUCCGCUGAGGGCCAGCUGCCUGUCGAGCCGGGCCUCGGGUGAAGCGGAUCUCACAAAAAUCUUGAGCUCCGUUGGAAACCAUAUUACUUUCCUUUGACCACUCCUCACCCACUGCCCUAGAGCAAGGUACUGCUUGAGUAGUCCUCUGGGCUUGAUGUAGCUUGAGGAACGCGAUGACUGCACACCGCGAAGCAUCAUUCGAAUACCUGAACGAGCAUGCGAGCGACUCCACCUCCUCUGGGAAAAGCCGACCUUAUCGGUCAGACCGAGAAGCACAUGCCAACACUCCUGCCGGGGAAUAUGAUUUCAACUGGUGCUUUGGCAGGGUGGAGACUUUGAGAUCGUCCGGUCUAGACCUCAGACCGCUAGUCCCAUCGCUGUACGCCUCAGCGUUCGUCACUGGGAGUCAGGAUAAGGUCUUACAGGAUAUGUACCAUGUCAAGGAUAUUGGCGAUGUUCUGGACUAUCUCGAGUGGAGCAGGCAAGAUGCAGGGGUCCUCAUGUUCGCCAUCUUUGCCGAUCCAUCAUAUGUGAACCGAACCGUGCCGCCAUGGGCCAUCUUUGAUCAACAGAGCGACCCCACAGCCAGUCCAGGAUGCGAGAACUGGGCAUUCAGCGGUGUCGUAGGUAUAUACCGGGCGGACCUAGAGCACAGGACUGGGGAUAUCGGGAUCUUUCUCUGGGCUUUCGCUCGAGGGACCGGAAUCUCGCUCAGAGCGUCUGCCUUGGCGACUCGCUACGCCAUGACGGACCCGAGUAUGGGGCCUGGACUGGGUAUGAACAAGCUGCGAUUCGCAACAGCGAUCGACAACACACAUAGCAGGAAGCUUGGUGAGCGAUUAGGGGCGCAUCAAGAGAAUCCCGAUGAAGGCAAGUCGACCAAUGAGUGGAUCGCCUUCAUCUCGCGAAGCGACUGGGAAAGUGGUACGGAAGGUCAUAUUACAGGCAUCUUAUCAACUUGAAGGGGACCGUUUCCCUCCGAGGCCCGGCCUGUGUCCGUUGUUAGUAGCGAUAAACCCUAUCACACGGCUAUAUCGUCUUCUGGCCUAUCAGGGACUGGAUAGGGGACAUAGCCAGAGCUCCGUAAGCUGCAUCAUGCGCUAUGCAGCGACAAAAAGU